ACUACAUAUGGCACAGAGAGUACCUGGAUGUCACAUGCAAGAGCCCUAGAGACAAGGUACUGAGGACAAUCCCAAAUUUCUGCAGUUCCUGAGAUCAAAAGGAGAGUAGGGUCAGCGUGGAGGCUUGGGGAGAGAUUCUGUGGCCUGGAUGCGGCAUGCUGCCUAAGAGAAACAGGAGAUCAUGACAGCCACGCUAACACUUGAAACCAUGGCCAAUGGAGAGGAAUAUGAGUCGAGGAACUGUGUGGUGUGUGGAGACCGAGCCACGGGCUAUCAUUUCCAUGCCCUGACUUGUGAGGGCUGCAAAGGCUUCUUCAGACGAACGGUCAGCAAAAACACUGGUCCCGUCUGUCCAUUUUCUGGAAGCUGUGAGGUCAGCAAAGCCCAGAGACGCCACUGUCCAGCCUGCAGGUUGCAGAAGUGUCUAAAUGCUGGCAUGAGGAAAGACAUGAUCCUGUCAGCAGAAGCCCUGGCAUUGCGGCGAGCCAGGCAGGCACAGCGGCGGGCACAGAAAGCAUCCCUGCAGCUGAGUCAGGAGCAGAAAGAGCUGGUCCAGACCCUCCUGGGGGCCCACACUCGCCAUGUGGUCCCCAUGUUUGGCCAGUUAGUGAAGUUCAGGCCUCCAGCCCACCUGUUCGUCCAUCAGCGGCCCUUCCCCACUCUGGUUCCCGUGAUGCCUCUGCUCACACACUUUGCAGAUAUCAAUACUUUCAUGGUGCAGCAGAUUAUCAAAUUUACCAAGGAACUGCCCCUUUUUCGGGCCCUACCCAUGGAGGACCAGAUCUCCCUGCUCAAGGGAGCGGCUGUGGAGAUACUGCACAUCUCACUCAACCUUACUUUCUGUCUUCAAACGCAGAAUUUCCUCUGUGGGCCUCUGUGCUACAGAAUGGAAGAUGCAGCCCAUGUAGGGUUCCAGUGGGAAUUUUUGGAUUUGAUCGUCCGCUUCCAUGGGACAUUAAAACGACUGAAACUCCAGGAGCCCGAGUAUGUGCUCAUGGCCGCCAUGGCCCUCUUCUCUCCUGACAGGCCUGGAGUCACCCAGAGAGAAGAGAUUGAUCAGCUGCAAGAAGAGAUGGCACUGAUUUUGAACAACCACAUUUUGGAACAGCAGAGACCCCAAAGUCGGUUUCUGUAUGCAAAGCUGAUGGGCCUGCUGGCUGAGCUCCGGAGCAUAAACAACGCAUACUGGUAUGAAAUACAGCGCAUCCAGGGACUGUCCGCUAUGAUGCCGCUGCUUUGGGAAAUCUUCAGCUGAGGCCCAGGCUUGCCUCCUUCCCUAGACCCCCUGGGAUACAUUGGACUGGCAAGGGGAAAUUGCUGGUGCCCAAGAUGGGGACCAGCUAAAAGGAUCUCAGUGACGGCAAUGAAACACUGAACAGUAA